AUGUUGCUGGCAGUGGCACCCGGUAUGCUCCCCGAGCUGACCUGGCGCAUCGGAGUUUCCAUGUCAUCUCGUAUUCAUUUGCGUUUAGAUGCUGACUUUUAUUCUAGCAACACUGACUGGUGGCCCGAUAACUUGAAGUUGAGCAUCCUUCGCCAGCACACCGAAUCCACCAAUCCUCAAAAUAAGGACUUCGAUUAUGCGGCGGCGUUCAAGACCCUCGACUACUUCGGCCUUAAGAAAGAUAUCGAGGCCCUUAUGACUGACUCGCAAGAGUGGUGGCCUGCUGACUUUGGUCACUAUGGUGGUCUUUUCGUCCGAAUGGCCUGGCACAGCGCUGGAACAUACCGUGUCUUCGAUGGUCGCGGUGGUGGUGGUCAGGGCCAACAGCGCUUCGCUCCAUUGAACUCGUGGCCUGAUAAUGUCUCUCUUGAUAAGGCACGUCGAUUGCUUUGGCCUAUUAAGCAGAAGUAUGGCAACAAGAUCUCAUGGGCAGAUCUCCUGCUUCUGACCGGUAACGUUGCCCUGGAGUCAAUGGGCUUCAAGACCUUUGGCUUUGCCGGUGGUCGUCCCGAUGUCUGGGAAGCCGACGAGUCAGUGUACUGGGGAAGUGAGAACGUCUGGUUCACUAAUAAUGCUCGCUAUGCGGCCCACAGCAAAGAAGAUGAGGCCAAGCAGGCCGAUAUCAAGACUCGUGACCUCGAGGACCCGCUGGCCGCGGUCAUCAUGGGUCUGAUUUAUGUCAACCCCGAGGGUCCCGAUGGCAACCCUGACCCCAUUGCUGCUGCCAGGGAUAUCCGUGUCACUUUUGGCCGCAUGGCUAUGAAUGACGAAGAGACCGUCGCCUUGAUUGCGGGUGGUCACACUUUCGGAAAGACACACGGCGCCGCCCCCGCUGAUAAUGUCGGAAAGGAGCCGGAAGGUGCUGAUAUCGAAUCACAAGGUCUUGGCUGGCACAACAAGCACGGCUCUGGAGUCGGCACCCACGCCAUCACCAGUGGCUUGGAGGUCACAUGGACCAAGACUCCCACCAAGUGGAGCAACCAGUUCUUCGAGUACCUCUUCAAGUACGAUUGGGAGUUGACCAAGAGUCCCGCUGGUGCCAACCAGUGGGUGGCCAAGAAUGCCGAGGAGAUCAUUCCCGAUGCCUUCGACCCAAGCAAGAAGCACCGUCCUCAGAUGCUGACCACUGAUCUUUCUCUGCGCUUCGACCCCGAGUAUGAGAAGAUCUCCCGUCGAUUCCUUGCGAACCCCGAUCAGUUUGCCGAUGCUUUCGCCCGUGCCUGGUUCAAGCUGCUGCACCGUGACAUGGGUCCCCGUUCUCGCUGGUUGGGUCCUGAGGUUCCCAAGGAGGUCCUCCUCUGGGAGGAUCCCAUCCCUGCUCCCACUUUCGCUCUGAUUGACAACGGCGACAUUAUCGCCCUGAAGAAUGAGAUCCUCGCCACCGGCAUUGAGCCCACCAAGUUCAUUUCCACUGCCUGGGCCUCAGCGUCCACCUUCCGUGGCGGUGACAAGCGCGGAGGCGCCAACGGUGCUCACAUCCGUCUUGCUCCCCAGAAGGACUGGGAUGUCAACAACCCUGCCCAGCUGAAGGAAGUUAUUGGCACGUUAGAGACCAUCCAAAGCCGCUUCAACGCCGCUCAAAACGGUAACAAGCGUGUCUCGGUGGCCGAUCUGAUCGUGCUUGCUGGUACCGCUGCUCUCGAAAAGUCCGCUGGUAUCCCCGUUCCCUUCACCCCUGGUCGCAACGACGCUACCCAGGAGCAGACCGACGUCGAGUCCUUCAACUGGCUCAGGCCUGUGGCCGAUGGCUUCCGCAACUACGGAAAGUCCAGUCAUCGCGUGCGCACUGAGCACCUCCUCAUUGACAAGGCGCAGCAGCUGACCCUCUCCGCCCCUGAGAUGGCCGUUCUGAUCGGUGGUCUGCGUUCCCUCAACGCCAACUGGGAUGGAUCCAGCCACGGUGUCUUCACCUCCCGCCCUGGCCAGCUGAGCAACGAUUACUUCGUUAACUUACUCGAUAUGAACACUGUCUGGAAGCCCACCGGCCCUGACAGCGACUACUUCGAGGGUGUCGACCGCAAGACUGGCGCCAAGAAGUGGACUGCUACCCGUGUGGAUUUGAUCUUCGGUCACCACGCCGAGCUGCGUGCGCUUUCUGAGUUGUACGCCAGCGCUGAUGCCCAGGACAAGUUCAAGAAAGAUUUCGUGGCUGCGUGGGACAAGAUCAUGAAUUUGGAUCGGUAUGAUAUCCCUUACAUUUCUGCGACCGGCCGUCCUCGUCUGUGA